AAGCGAUGCGCGGUCAUGGCCGCCCACGCCCCCUCCUCGCCGCUCCUCCCCUGGCCGCGCCCGGCGCCCCUCCUCCUCCUCCUCGCCCUCCUCGCCGCCUCCUACCUCGCCCUCGCGCGCCUCCCCGCCGCCGCGCCUCUCUCCGCGCUCCCUCCUGUUCCUCCCCGCGGCGAACCCACCAGCAGCAGCUGCGCCGGGUUCUACGCCGGCGCGGGCGCGGCGCGCGCGGUGUCGGCGUCGGUCGAGGACUUCGGAGCCGUGGGCGACGGGGUCACCUCCAACACGGCCGCGUUCCGGCGCGCGGUGGCGGAGCUGGACGAGAGGGCGGCCAGGGGCGGCGGCGGCCGAGGAGCCAGGCUCGAGGUGCCGCCGGGGAGGUGGCUCACCGGAAGCUUCAACCUCACCAGCCGAUUCACGCUCUUCCUGCACCACGGCGCGGUCAUCCUCGGCUCCCAGGAUCCAGAAGAGUGGCCUCUCAUUGCCCCUUUGCCAUCUUAUGGGCGUGGAAGGGAACGACUAGGGCCACGCCAUAUCAGCCUCAUUCAUGGUGAAGGCUUGAAUGAUGUUGUUGUUACUGGCAACAAUGGGACCAUAGAUGGCCAAGGAGAGAUGUGGUGGGAGCUGUGGUGGAAUCGAACUUUGAAUCACACAAGGGGCCAUCUUGUCGAGCUUGCGAACUCAACCAACAUCCUAAUCUCUAAUAUCACACUACGCAACUCCCCAUUCUGGACAGUGCAUCCAGUCUACAGCAGCAACGUGGUGAUGAAGGAUCUGACCAUACUGGCUCCCCUGAAUGCUCCAAACACCGAUGGCAUUGAUCCAGAUUCGAGCUCAGAAGUUUGUAUUGAGGACUGCUAUAUUGAAAGCGGAGAUGAUCUAGUAGCUGUCAAAAGUGGCUGGGAUCAGUAUGGGAUCUCUGUUAACAAACCAAGUACAAACAUUGUCGUCCAGAGGGUUUCAGGCACAACUCCAACAUGCUCAGGUGUAGGUUUUGGAAGCGAGAUGUCAGGAGGCAUAUCUAAUGUGCUUGUCCGUGACCUCCAUGUGUGGAAUUCGGCACAAGCAGUGAGGCUGAAGACCGACGUAGGGCGGGGUGGGUACAUAACCAACAUCACCAUAACCAAUGUGACAAUGGAGAAGGUCAAGGUACCGAUAAGGUUCAGUCGAGGUGCAGAUGACCAUUCAGAUGACAACUAUGACCGAACCGCACUGCCAAGGAUCAGUAAUGUGCUUAUCAGUGAUAUUGUCGGUGUUGACCUGCAGCGUGCGCCAAUGCUGGAGGCAGUGGCCGGUGCAGUUUAUGAAGGGAUCUGCUUCCGGAAUGUUAGCUUAAGAGGCAUAAGGCGGCAGGGUAGAUGGCACUGCGAGUCCGUGUACGGAGAGGCGCAUGGAGUUUUCCCUGCACCCUGUGAAGAGUUCAGGAAGAAUGGGUCUUCAUCGUGGUGUGGAUUUUCAUGAGCAGUUGUACAGAUUACAGAAGUCGGAAGUUUCUCUGGCUGACUGAUACAGGCAGGAAUACUUGAAAUGUAGGGUGUUCAUACUGGUGUUCGAGGAAGGAGAUAGGACAUAGGGUUUUGGGAUAGACGGAUAGUAUAGUCAAAUUCAACAUUACCUCAUUUAGCUUUAGUCUUGUAUUUUACAAGGGGGGUUACAAAUAUCAUGUGUGCGCACAGCGCACUGCAAAAAGGAAAGGAACAGUUAUCAAUACAGAGAAGUUACUUCCUGAACCAUUUUCUUACAUGUGAUGGUACUCUAAUA